AUGCUUCUCGCUGAGAGGGGAACCGAAGAUUCUUUAACAGGUGGUUCUGUGGCAUUUGCAGAGGACUUGGAUUUUAAAUCCUCUAGUCUUGUUAAAAGAGCUCGUCGUGUUAAUAAUGUCGCCGACGCUUCUAUCAACUUAGAAGAACAAAACAAUGACGAUGUAGAGCGCAUUGCCCGCCGUCGGUCACGAUUGUUGGAGCCUCACCCUGAUGUCGUCAACAGUCCAGCUCAUGAUGCAGCUCGUCGGGCAGCUGCUGCCCAUUUUAUGCCUCGAGCUCAAGUUGGUGAACACUACGGCAACUGCAUUCGCCUAGCCGCUGAAAACAAGAUCACUUACAAAAACGCCUUUGACCUCCAUCUCAUUGAUUUUAUGGGUGAAAUGAUCAAAAAGGAGGAUUUUACGAGCUUUCGUAUGGCAAGCUCGUCACUCGACGCAAGUGCAAAGAUCUACGCAGGUCGCGUAGACGCCGUCCACCAGGAGACCUACAAAGUUCUGACCGGGCUGGGGCGUUCAGACUCGAAGUCCGCUAAAGCCGACGACGGCGCUGAUGAACCCCAGGCGCCCGCAGACGGUGACGAGUCAAUCGACGACUUGGGUGGGGCGUCUGAGCGGAAGCGAAAAGAACGAAAACGGGCUGCGAAUUCGAAGAACGUUAUUGUCACCGGUCUGAGUAAAAUCCGCUCCAGAAUUAAAGCUUCUGAUGGCGAUGUUGACCCAUUGUUCCAGCAACAGGCAGCAGCGUAUGAUGACGGUGGUACAGUGGAGCUACAGCUAAACCGUUUGCGGACGCACUCCAAAUUCAGCGAGCUCCUGCAGGACUCCAACACGCCGCUUUUUCGCCCUCGAUCUGAGGUCGAUUCCCUCACCUGCUGCACCCGACUCUUGGAGGUGCCCCAACCCUUCGACUCCCACACACUGGAGGCAUCUCUGUGUUUGGCCUUCGAUAAUUUCCAUUUCAAUAAAUCGGACGAUGACGUCAGUUCCCAACUGGCCCCCUUAAGUCCUCUGUUUGUGUCCGAGGCCGGCGAUUCCGGCAGCGUCACACCGGUUCCUCAGGCCUCCCCUCCUCUAAUGGAGAUUGACGAUGACGACAAUCCCUUGCCGUUGCCCGACGCUGAUCCGGAUGCUGUGGUUGUGAUUGGCUCGUCAAAUGCAGCCGUUCGAUUCGCUGAAAAGAAUGACGUUGUCGCAGUUCCUGCAAGCGACCGGAGUCCAACCGAGGCAGCCAACGGUGAAGGCGAGAUGUUUGUGACCAGCCUCAAGACAAUGCUCACCAACCACAUUGAGAACUUCGGCCACGUGAACGACGGCGUCCUCGGUCUGUGGGCCGGCCCGGAGCACUGGCGCAAGAAGGCGAAGCGCCGAAGGCUCGACGAAUUCGGCAAUGUGGCAGCUCCCGUAGAAGACGUGGAGAAUGUCAUCGAGGUUGGCAAAAGUUCGCGCGCGAAAGUCACCAAGAUCAAGCGACUCAACAUCGACUACGCUCCUGCCCUCAUCGACGCUGGUGAAAAUCAAUCCAAGAGCGGGUGUUUGGUGCGCAGCGAUUGGUCCAAACAGCUCGAGGCCUACACCAAAAAGAGCGGCAAGUCCCCAGUGCUAAGGGAGCAAAAUCGACGCCAAGCGUCUGAACGCUUCAACUUACUGCCGCCUUCCAUUACCGGAGCUCGCCAAAACAUCUACGAGCUGUGCAAUCGCGUUGUAAUGACCAAUCUGACGGACAAGAAGACCGACGAGGCGCGUGAGAACGCAACGGCCAGCGCCAUGGCCGGCGGCGGCAUUGUGGUAAUUAUUACUAUUAUUAAAAGUACCACCUACUUAUUUCUUUUUCAGUAG